AUGCCGUGGUGGGGAUGGAGUAGCGGCAGCGGGCAGCGCCGCGAAGACGAAGACGAGUGGCGAUCUGGCAGCGGGCAGCACUGCCAAGAAGAUUGGAGUUGCGGCCAGGGCCGCGAUAGGGAUUGGGGAUCCGGAAAUUGGCAGCACAGCCAAGAAGAUUGGAGUAGCGGCCAGGGCCGCGAUAGGGAUUGGGGAUCUGGAAAUUGGCAGCACAGCCAAGAAGAUUGGAGUAGCUGGCAUGGCUGCCAAAACGAUUGGACAUCUGAACAUGGGCAGCAUAGCCAGGCUCGUUGGAGUAGCGGGCAGACCCGCCAAGACGAAUGGAGGUCUGACGGGGGAUCAUGGGACCAGGAGAACGUUUCUGGUUCCUGGCCUGCAGCAUGGCAGGAUGAUAGGAGGCGCGAGUGGGAUCAGAGCGGGUAUGACCGCGACAGCACCGCAUGGGACGACGAGCGGGGAACCCGUUGGUCGGACCAUCAAGCUGCAGAGAUGGCAAGGAGGAACCAAAGCAAUGGGGAGCAGCGCCGGGACACACGCAGCCCGUUGUCUAGCAGCAGCACGCGUUGGACAAGACGCUCCCAGCGCGACAGGAGCCCAGACCCGUCACCGUCACCAGCCCCAGCAGCUAGACGCAGCGGGCGUAGCCGCAGUCCAGCACGGCCGACUUCCCCAAUGAGAACAGAGACCCCAGCAGGUGGAGAAGGUAGAUCUGCAGAGGGAGCGGGUCCAUCCGCAGUGGGAGCGGGUGGAUCCGCAACGGGAGCGGCUCCAUCCGAGCAAGGCCCUUACAAAAAAGGAUGGGUAUGGAACACUAGGAACGAUUUUCAUGGGUGGAAGCACGUAGAAGGCCCACGAGACGAGCGGCGAAGCGCUGCAGCCAAGGCAAUCCGCAAAGCAAAGCGGGAACAGCGGGCGUCAUCCAGAGACCCGCGCGUGCAGCAGUGGUCCCAAGGAUGGGUUGGCUGGGACGUUAGCUGGGACGAUGCAUGCAGUGACCAUGCUGACGUGGAAGCGGCAUGGCGCGCCUGGAGCGACUUGGAGAAAGUGGACGAAAAACCGGAGGAUGAAGAAGAGGCUAAAUCAGCUGACGACCACAGCGGCAAGUCCGCCACGCGCACCUUGCAAAAAGGAAGCGGCAAGGACCGCAAUAGCACCGGCGAUGGCAAGGGAUCUGGGUGCUGGGGUGGUCCUUUAGCAUGGGACUAUUACAACAGACCUUUUCCGACAAGACCCGCGGAUGCUUUUGAAAAACUGAGACAGCGAGUGCAAGAAGCCUUGCAAGGUGACCUGGCAGCGGCGCUGGCCGCAAAUCCUAAAGGGGGCGGAGCCACAGCAACAAGCCCCACUGAGGCAGAGAUGCCGACACCACCCAGCCCAACAUCCCCAGCAUCUCCUCCACCGCCAGCGGCGCCGGCGCCGCCAAGUAGCAGCAACGAAGCUGCGCUGCCCUCUGGCAACAAGGAAGCGGUUCAAACCGCGCAAAAGAAAAAAGAGACAGAAAGAGAGGCCACCAAAGAGCUGCCAAUCCCAAGGUCCCAUGAGAGACCUGAUCCAGAAGCAACGCACGCAAAAGCGGAACUUUCUGCGGCAGCAACUGUGAAAGAGGAAGUGGACUAUUCAGAUGACGCUCUGUUGGCAGCUGCAGGGGCAAACGCCAAGCCUGUUGUUCCACGGAAAAAACGCAAGAAAAGAAGAAAGCACAAAGGCUGUCAGCUGUCAGAGCCUGAAGGUCCGGAAGCCGCAGAAGAAUCAGCGGGAUCGCGCCGCAGAAUCAAGAGCGCGAGAAGCUGA